AUGGCAACCACGGAAUCGAAAACCACGGUGGCUGUCUCUGGGAGUGAGGAGGAACAAUUUGGACAGUUGGAUCAAGGGCUUCGCGCUUGGACAGUCGUCUUUGGAGCAUGGUGCUGUCUAUUUUGCGCUUUUGGCUGGUAUUUAUUAUGCCGACCGGAUAACCUGACACGCUUUGUCCCAGCCAUUGGUAUUUUCCAAGAAUACUACCAGAACAACCAAUUACAUUCUUUUUCCGCGUCCAGCAUCUCAUGGAUUCUAUCUUUGGAGCCAUUUGUACUCUUUGCGGCCGGAAUUGUCAUCGGAAGAGUAUUCGAUAAUUAUGGCCCGAAAUGGCUUCUCCUUAUCGGGACAUGUCUUCACGUCUUUGGUAUUAUGAUGACCUCCAUAUCGACGGAGUACUAUCAAUUCUUGCUAGCCCAGGGAAUCUGCAGUCCUCUUGGUGCAAGCUUCGUCUUCUCGUCUGCACUCUCUUGUACCGCAACAUGGUUCGAGAAACGACGUGCCUUGGCCUUUGGAAUCGUUUCCAGCGGCUCGUCACUAGGUGGCGUUGUGUUCCCAACCAUGUUGUCUCGGCUCUUGCCUAGUAUCGGGUUCGGGUGGUCUCUACGUAUCUCUGGAUUUAUCAUCCUCGCACUCCUGAUCAUUGCCAACCUGACUGUCCGAUCGAGAAUACGAAAUGUUCCGCGGCCAGUGAAGCUGAGCGACUAUACGAGCCCGUUUUCGGAGGUACCGUUUAUCUUGCUUAUGCUGGCAUCUUGCUGCGGAUUCUUCGCCAUGUUUGUGCCAAUCAGUUAUGUCGUCGUAGAAGCCCAGGAGGAUGGAGUCAACCCCAGCCUAGCUGGGUACUUGUUGACUAUACUUAAUGCCGCCAGUCUCCCUGGUCGAAUUCUGCCAGGCUACCUAGGAGACAAACUGGGCCGAUUCAACGUCAUGAUCACCAUGUGCUCCUUGUCUGCCAUCGUUAUUCUAGCCCUCUGGCUUCCUGGCACUCUUCUCUCACCAGGUAGUGCAGCCGUCUAUAUCGUCUUCAGCAUGUUGUACGGGUUUGCAUCGGGUGCAUUUGUGGGCAUGGUACCCGCCCUGCUGGGCCAGAUAUCGCCCGACGUGACUAAAAUCGGUGUUCGUCAGGGCGUUUUAUUUAGUUGCAUCAGUAUUGCAUCGCUCACGGGAAGUCCUAUUGCUGGGGCAAUCUUGAGCCGACAAAAUGGGACCUACUGGGGAUUGCAGGUCUUUUCGGGGGCAAUGAUGGUAGCAAGUGUAUUCUUCUUCAUUGCGGCGAGAGCGAGCCUUUAUACAUGGCUACCACAGAGCUGGGCCAUGACAACACCCAAGUUGGUCAUACCUUUAGGAUGGUCAGUCAUCCAACGGAUGGAGACUUUGUUGUAA